AUGUCGGCAUUCAUACCCAGAGCAGCACGCUCAGCUCUGACAGACAACCUGUCCGCAUGUAUUUCUAGAUCAUCAAGAGCUGCACGAUCGAAUCCAUUUGGCGCAGGAAACUCUUCACGAUGCAUCUCAACCACUCGCCGAUGCGCAGCUAUUCCUACAUCAAACUAUGUUCGCAAAGAAAACGCCGCCCCGAAGCCAGCAUCGCCUCCGCCAUCGACGCAAACCUCGAUUGACGACCAGUCGCCCAUCAAGGAUAUGACCGGUGGUCUGGCAGACGAGCCAUUGAUUCUCGACGAGGGGUCCAGGCAGGUGGAUUGGACGAAGUCUUUCCAUGGUCUGUCAUCGCAGCCCUUCUCCAAGGAGGCUGCGGACGUUUUGAUGGCGCCUGUGGAGCCCGACGAUGUGGAGGUCAAGCCGGAUGGGAUCAUAUACCUGCCGGAAAUCAAAUACAGGAGGAUAUUGAACAGAGCGUUUGGGCCGGGUGGAUGGGGGCUGGCCCCGAGAGGAGAGACAAUUGUUACUGGAAAGAGCAUCACGAGGGAGUACGCUCUUGUCUGCCAUGGAAGAUUGGUAUCAGUAGCUCGAGGCGAACAAGACUACUUCUCCCCCGAGGGCAUCCCCACUGCAACAGAAGGUUGCAAAUCGAACGCCCUCAUGCGCUGCUGCAAAGAUCUUGGCGUAGCCAGCGAGCUGUGGGAUCCCCGCUUCAUUCGGAAGUUUAUGAAGGAGAAGGCCAAGCAGAUUUGGGUUGAGCAUCUGCCGACGAAGAAGAAGAAGCAGAUGUGGUUGAGGAAAGACGAUGAAGUCAAAUACCCAUACAAGGAAUCAAAGUUUGGCGCAUAG